AUGCCAGAAUGGAAAGAGUGGAAGACAUGUGAAGUUGAUGAGCAAAGAAGAAAAUUCCGUUGCCUCCGAGAUCUCCUUAUUGUGGGUUGUCCCAAUUUGAUAGGGCCAUUUCCGGAAUACCUUCCUUCAUUGGAAAAACUUGAGAUUCGUAAUUGCCAAAAUUUGGUAGUUUCAAUUUCAAACCUUCCAAAGCUAUCUGAAUUAAAAAUUGAUGGGUGUGAAAAAGUAGUGCUUGGGAGUUGUACGGAUCUUUGGUCGGUGAAAAAAAUCACCCUUUCCAACAUUUCAAAGUUUGCAUGUAUAACAAAUGAAAGGAUGUCGAUGUCAGAGAAGAUGAAAGCAGAAGAUCUCCAUGUUAAAGGUUGUGAGGAAUUGGUUUCUUUGUGGCAAACAGAGUGGGGUUGGUUGGUGCCUUUGAGAUUUCUUCGUAAUUUAAAGCUUGAAAAUUGUCCGCAGGUUGUUUCUAUAGGUGCAACGGAGGUGGAGGAAACGGCAGAGAUUUUGCAAUUAAACAUACACUGCAACAUUGAACAUCUGAGAAUAGAAUAUUGUGAAGGCUUCCAGAAGUUAUCAGAAAAACUCAAGUGUCUUAGAAAGUUGGAGAUUGUAAAGUGCCCAAAUUUAGUUUCAGUUUUGGCGGAUAACUUGCCCUCCACUCUUAAAAGUUUGGUCAUGGGGGAAUGUGAGAAUUUGGUUUGCUUAUUGGAAGAUGGGGAGGACAUCAAUUUCAGCAACACAUCUCUCCUUGAAUGUCUUGAAAUUUUUGAAUGUAAAGCUCUCAAAUCAUUAUCAUCAAGCAGUAAGUUACCCGUGGGGCUUAAAACGCUGCAGAUCUGGAACUGUCCAGAGCUAGAAUUUGUAGCUCAGGAAAUUGGGGAUAAUACUUGUCUUGAAUCUAUUCAAAUCACGUUUUGUGAAAAUAUUCAGUAUUUACCCCAAGGAAUGGACAAUCUUAAAUCUCUAUAUCUCGAUGAGUGUGAAAAACUUGAAGCUCUGCCCAACCUCAACUCUCUUCAGGACUUGACCCUGAUGAGUUGUCCAAGGGUGACAUCCAUCUCAGAAGGGGGUUUGCCUACCAACCUAACAAGGCUUGAGAUCUCUGGACCCAAUAUUGUUAAGGCAGUAAUGGAGGGGGGAUUGCAUAGACUCACCACUCUUAAAAAACUCGUAAUUUAUGGUGGUAAUUGUGAUGCUGUGACAUUUCCAGAAAGCGGUUUGCCUACCAACUUAACAAUGCUUUACAUCUCUGGCCCCAGUAUUGUUAAGGCAGUAAUGGAGUGGGGAUUACAUAGGCUCACCUCUCUUACAAGACUCUUCAUUGGUGGUGGUAAUUGUAUAGAUACGGUGUCAUUUCCACAAGAGGAGAUCAAGCUGCCCCCUUCUCUCAACCUUAUAUCUAUCGCACACUUCAAAAAUCUAAGGAAGCUAUCCUCAAAAGGCUUUCAGCAUCUUUUCUCUCUUCAACAAUUGUCGAUACUUAAUUGCCCGAAGUUCAAAUCCCUUCCCAAAAAGGAAGUGCUUCCCUCGCUUUUGGAUCUACAAAUUAUUGAUUCUCCAAAGUUGAAGAAAAGAUGGUGCAAACAUGAUAGAAGAGGAACUGAAUCAAGGGAACCUGGGCACUUUAUGUUUCCUCCUUCCAUCCUCUUGUUCAUUGUAGGUAUAAUGCAGCCUACAUUUUGUUCAUCUCUUUUUGAGAGUUAUGAUUUCUUCAAUUUGUGGCUAAAUAUUGAUGACUGUCCUCUGCGAUCAAUUGAUCAAGAAUCAGAUAGCUUGGGCUCCUUGUGUGAAUAUCGAUGA